AUGAAAAAAACUGCUGAGUUUCGUUGGUUUGUCGUUCAUCUUGCCAUUGCCGAUUGUUUUUAUGCUGUUGUAUGCCCUAUACAUAUAAUAUAUUUGCUAGCAACAAAUGCAAAAUGGAAUAUUGGUAAAGAAUUAUGCAAAAUACUGACAGUAUCAGGACCGCUUUCAGUGAAUGUCAGUGCAUGGAUUUUGUGUCUAAUGGGAUACGAAAGAUAUCGAGCAAUUUGCCACCCGUUUACUAGUCGGUUUUCAAAAAGAAUGAUACAUGUUUCGGUUGCCGUAACUUGGAUAGCUUGCAUUGGAAUGAAGAUAUUUACCUUUAUUAGAACUAGUGUUAUAAAUGAACAGUGUUUUUCCUAUUUUAAUGAUGGAAUUGAACAAACAAUAAAUGCAGGUGUUUCACUUUUGGCUGAAAGCAUAAUCCCAAUUAUUUUAUUAUCUUACUAUUUAGUGCGCGUGACCAUAACAAUGCGGAAAAGAUCACAACUCUUUGAAGCUAAAAAUGAUAACUCUAUUUGCCUAAGAAAGAGUUAUACCGCUUCAUCAAACUCAUUUAUAUUAGCUGAAAAAUAUUCGGGAAAAAAAGAACAUAACUUUUCAACGAAUGAUGAAAAAUAUUCCAGAAACUUACUCCAAGUAUCUUCUUGUUCAAACAAUAAUCUUAUAAAAAAAGAAAGAAAAUCCUACAAUGAGAUCGAGUUGAAAGAGUUAAGUAUAAAAGUUCCUCAACUUUCAAAAAAAACUUCUAAAUUAUGGAAUUGUCUGUGGUCAAAACAUUCUACCUUCAAGUUAGUAAUAACACCUAGCUCAAGAAAAAACUCAUCAAAUAAAGCAGAUCGUGAAACCAUUAUUGUUUUUUUUUUAGCUGUACUUAUGUUCAUGAUAAUAACAUUUCCAUUUAAUGCAUAUCAUUUUUCAGCGUGCUGUCUGUACAGUUUCUAUUUCAACGAAGAACAAGUCAACGAGUACGGUCCUAAAUUAAUAAUAAUUAACGACUGGCUUGCUUUGCUUGUGCUCUCUGGAAGUCUCUCUAACGUAAUUAUUUAUAGCGGACGAUUUCCUGAUUUUCGUUAUCAAAUUUAUGAGUGGGCUCACAAUAUUAUAAACAAACUGUUUUCAAAAGUCAUUUUUAAAAGAUGUGAUAACGAAAUUUUAGAAACAGCUCUGUAA